AUGAACCUUUUUUGCCGGCAGACGUGGGCACUGGUACGCAAGAAUUGGCUUCUCACUUGUUUGAGACGACCCAUCUCGACUUUAUUUCGCGCCUUUCUUCUACCACUUGUGAUCAUCCUUGUCCUAGGAUACAGCAAGAAUUUCUUUUCAGACUCCCAAAUAUGGGGCGUGUCAUCGCCACGCGACCUGCUCUCUCUAGAAGCGGGUCUGGCAGCUAGCCAGGGUCAUGACAUUGUUGGAUUCGUUGAUAAUGGCAUGAAAGGAGGGCAGGUCUCAUCGGUGAUCGAUUCGCUCUCUCAAAAAGUACGGGCCGCUGGAAAGACCAUCAAGCUGUACAAUGAUACAUGGGACCUUGCCCUAGCCUGCCGAACCGACGACAAGGGGAUCUCGCCUUGUUAUGGCGCUGUCGUCUUUUUCUCGAGCCCGAACGAGGGUACAAACGUCUCGUCGCCAGGAAACUGGAAUUACACCAUACGUGCGCUGCGCAGUGAAAUCGUCAAUAUCAAGUCCACAGCCAACAGCAUGGAAAGAGACAUGUUGCCCUUACAACGGGCAUUGGAUCAAGAGAUCAUCUCGCUUUCAAACUCGACCAACACGACGCAGCCUCUAGCGGAUCUACAGUUAAUCGCCUUUACCGAACAGGACCAGAGUGCGCUCACAGAAACUCGGAAUGCAUCAUAUCUGAGUCUCUCCGUCUUCAUCUUCGGGCCUCUCUUUGCAUUCUGCUUGGUGGAAAUAGCGUACCAUCUCACGUCGUUCGUGUCACGCGAGCGAGAGCUUGGCAUGUCUGGGCUCAUCGACACUAUGAUACCUGGCGGAUCCAACAUCCGCGGUAGACUUGUGCGGCAAGUCGCGACUUACGUCUCGUUCGCAACGAUUUACUUCCCCGGCUGGCUAGCUGUAGGCAUCGUUCUUUCAACCGUAGUGUACCCGAACUUCUCUCGCAAUAUGCCUCUCGGAUUUACCAUACUCUCAGGCUUUGCCCUUACCGGAUUCUCAUUGUUCGGCGCCUCCUUCUUCAAAAAGGCUCAGCUGAGUGGCUCAAUCAUGAUCUUGAUUGCGGUUGUCUUCGCCAUCCUGCCAGUCGUACUGUUCGAUCAGGAUCGUGUGACAAGUGGUUUUCUGAGCUUCCUUUGCCCAACGGCAAACUUCAGCUACUUCAUCACAGGUGUCGGUACCUUCGAAUCAGUCGGUAAACCGGUCAGCAUGAUGAAUUUGGCCGAAGAAGGUGACUCGACAAAUAGCUUUCGGCUGCCCCUCUACAUUCACUGGAUACUCCUGAUCGUACACAUCCUGGGCUUCCCUGUCUUGGCAUUUGCGACGGAGCACCUCCUUUUCUCCACAGCCUCGGAGCACCGACAAUUCGCCGCACCUGCCAAAGCCGACGAUGCGACUGUGACGCUUUCCGGAUUUGGUAAGACGUAUCAACCUGGUUUCUUCGCUCGAACCUUCAAGCGCCGCAAGGCUGUGCAUGCUGUUACGAGCUUGGACUUCAAAGCCUAUCCUGGUCAGAUUCUGUGCUUGCUUGGACCUAACGGCAGUGGAAAGUCCACCACACUGAACUGCAUCGCUGGUUUCCAGAAAGUAUCAUCUGGUAACAUCACAAUUGACUCGACCGGUGGGUUGGGCUAUGCACCUCAGCACAAUGUCAUUUGGCCUGAGCUGACUGUCCGGGAGCAUGUCAAGAUCUUCAGUGACCUCAAGUGUCUCGCAGCAGUCAACGACGAAGUAGUCAACAGUCUCGUCAAAGGUGUUGAUCUGUAUGGCAAGCUUCCCGCUCAAGCCAAAACGCUGUCUGGUGGACAAAAGCGCAAGUUGCAGCUGGCCAUGAUGUUUGCAGGCGGAAGCAAAGUCUGCUGUGUGGAUGAAGUCUCUACUGGCCUCGACCCUAUCUCGCGACGAAGGAUCUGGGAGAUUCUGCUGGCUGAGCGAAGCCGACGUACAAUCAUCAUGACGACGCAUUUCCUGGACGAGGCUGACUACCUUGCCGACGAUAUCGCCAUCAUGUACAAGGGGGCUUUACGCGCCUCUGGUACCUCGGCAUCACUGAAGCAGACCUACGGAAACGGAUACACUGUGAAGUUACCAUACCAAACUGAUGUCGAAGUCAAGAUAUCCGAACCAAUCGAGAAGGAGCAGUCGCGCCUUCUAACAGUCUACCGUGUCUCGACUGGUGUGGCUGCGGCGGAGCUUGUCGACCAGCUGGAGCGCAAUGGCCUGCACGACUACCAGCUUUCUGGACCGACCAUGGAGGAACUAUUCAUGAAGAUCACCGGCGACUCAAUCCAUCCCACAGAGAACAAGUCAGAGAGUAAUUCCGACGAGAGCAACACAGUCGCACUAAAAGCACACAACGUGACUUUCACUACCUCAGACGUCGAUUAUGAGCUGUCAGAAGGACGCCCGAUCUCUGCCUUCCAGCAGUGGUGGCUCCUCUUUGGCAAGCGACUGUACAUACUCAAGCGUCGGUGGAUCCCAUACUUCGUUGCUAUCGUUUUUGCACUUGUCGGUGCAGCAGUCGCACCUUUGCUAAUCAAGAGCUACAACAAGGCGAUGGUCUGCCCGACGCCUGCCGAUCUUGUGAACGACUUCAACACUCGCAACGAUUUUGGAAACUCUUUCGUCUCAAACACUGGCAGCUUUCUGGGGGAUGACGAACAGACCAUAAAAUACGUGUACGGCCCUGCUAGCAGCCUUAACGAGUCACGCCUCGCACUGAUGGCUGACAUUUAUUCCACGAACCAUACACGAAGCUAUUCGGCCGCUUACCCUGCCGGAUACUCGAACAGUACCGAGAUCCUGCAACAGAUGUUACUCGUAGACACAUACGAGGAGUUCUCGAACGCAGUCAGACAGAACUGGAAGAACCAAACAGCGCUGUUCGGCAGCCGAUUUGACCAUUUCUCGCCAUUCACCACCCUUGCCGGCGGGAUCUGGAUGGGCAGCGACACCUCAAAGCCCACCGUCAUGGUCAACAUCCGCCAAGGGCCCCUAGUCAACCAGAUGAUGAACUUCUAUACGGUCAUGGCAAGCGGCGUUGGCAUCUCGUCCUCAUACUACGAGUUUGCGUCGACAAGGAUCCCGGUGACGUACGAUAUGAAGGCCUUGAUCUUCAUCGUCUAUUACGGCCUGGUUAUGGCAUGCUACCCCGUCUUCUUCGCUUUGUACCCGACAAAUGAGCGAAUCUCGAAUGUUCGCUCAAUGCAGUACUCCAAUGGUAUCCGUCCGAUUCCGCUCUGGCUCUCCCACCUGUCAUUUGACGGUAUGUGGGUCAUACUCAUCAGUGCUGUGGCAACGGGGCUCCUUACAAUCUCUACACCCGUGUGGCAUGGCAUGGGUCUAGUAUUUGUGAUCUUCGUACUCUACGGAAUCGUCUGCGCUCUCCUCAGCUACCUCAUCUCCAUGUUCGCCAAGAACGCAAUCGCGGCGUGGUUCAUCAUGGCUCUGGGCCAAAUCAUCCUGUACUUCGCCUACUUCGGAGGACUGGUGGGCAUCCAGGCUACAACAUCAUACGCGGAGCUGGAGCACUCCAUGAACGCCCUUUACUUCAGUCUCGGCAUCAUUUCACCGGUAAUCAGCCUGGAGCGCACUUUGUUCAUCGGUCUACAACAGCUCGCACUGAUGUGCAACGGUCAUCCCGACAAUUCAGUCUACAUGUAUGGAGGCCCUAUACUGUACCUGGCUAUCCAGGCGAUACUGCUUUUCGCGAUCCUACUUUGGUGGGACAGCGGAUUCGUGCUCCCAUCGAUGCGCUCGCGUACAACGAUCAGCGACACCGAGGCGACCGAAAUGUACAACGCCGACCUCAUGAACGAGCGCAAGCGACUAGCAUCUCCCAACACCGAGCUCCGCGUCGAAAAUGUGUCCAGGAAGUUCGGCAAGAAUCUCGCCGUCGACAACGUAACGUUUGGCGUACAGUCGUCCGAGAUCUUCGCCCUGCUGGGACCCAACGGCGCAGGAAAGUCGACCAUCAUCUCCAUGAUCAGAGGCGACAUCAAACCAUCGACAUCGGGCUCCAAGAUCGACGUCGCAGGCCACUCCAUCGUAACGUCCGCCGUGGCUGCGCGUGCCAGCCUCGGAGUAUGUCCACAAUUCGACUCGGCCGAUGCGCUGACCGUCAAAGAGACGCUGCGCUUCUUCGCCAAGAUCAGAGGCGUAAAGGACAUCGACCACAACGUCUCCACCGUCAUCAGCGUCUGUGGCAUCGAGCAGUGGACUGACCAGCUCGCGCAGAAGCUAUCAGGCGGCACCAAGCGUAAGCUCUCACUCGCCGUCGCUCUAGUCGGCAACCCUCGCGUGCUCAUCCUGGACGAGCCCUCCUCGGCUCUCGACGCAAACGCGAAGCGCACACUAUGGCGCUGUCUCCAGACCGUGGCCAAACGCCGCGCCGUCCUUCUCACCACGCACUCCAUGGAGGAAGCCGAUGCGCUCGCAGACCGCAUCGGCAUCGUAUCCUCGCGCAUGCUUGCUCUGAGCGGGCGCGAGGAACUCAAAAGGCGCGCCGGCAACGCGUACCACAUCCACAUCGUAUCGCGCUCGGCGCCGCGCACGACACCGCAGGAGCUCCAGGACAUGCGAGAGUGGGUCAUGGACACGUUCCCCUCGGCGAGCAUCAGUCGCGAGACGCAGGGUGGACAGGUGCGUUUCGAAGUCCCCGUCGAGGGCAACAAUACGGCGAGCCUGAUCCGGACGCUGGAGGCAGCGAAGGAGCACUUGGGCGUCGAGUUCUACAGCGUGGGCAAGGCGACGCUGGAUGAGGUGUUCGAGAAGAUUGUGAGCAGGCAUGGGAAUCUGGAGGUGUAG